GAUUCGUUUCCCUCCAUGCGCACCUCAGCCCACCGCUAGUCUAGACUACACCAUCAUCUUAGGCAAUUCACUCCUUGUGCGGCGGCUAUUAACUUUGAUUCCAUGAGGUGACAAUAUUCUCAGCGACGGGCGGAUUAGUUGUGUACAGUACAUACAACUAAGCAGUGUUGCACUGGAGUUUUGGGUCGUGUUCUCCCGCUGAGCUUCAACCGCGCUCGCGUGCGCCGACACCCCGCCCUGUCGCAACGUCUGGUGACAGCACCCGGGAGACGCGGCGCGGAAACGCCAACUACUCUACUAGUGACAGGACCACCUACUACACUCUGUUUACAAACUGAGUGAAUCACAGUCGUUGCAUCAUAGGAAUUUUGAGUUCGAUGGACUCAGGCUGGCUUCCGGCUCUCGGCGCGGCCGCCGUCGUGGUCCCGUCGCUGUAUGUCUACACCGCUUCGGUAGUCUCGGCGCGCUUCCCGACCCUGCGCAACAAGCGCAUCUGCAUCCUAAUCGCGCACCCUGAUGACGAGGCCAUGUUCUUUGCGCCCACUGUGCAGGCGCUGACUCGGCCCGGACUCGGCAACCAUGUCAAGAUCCUGUGUCUGAGCAGCGGCAAUGCAGACGGCCUCGGUGAGACGCGCAAGCGUGAGCUCGCCAAGUCGGGCUUGAUCCUGGGCCUCCGCAAACCCGACGACGUCUUCGUGGUCGACAAGCCCGAGUUCCCAGACAGCAUGACGACAACAUGGGACACAGCCAAGUUAUCGUCUCUGCUUUGCUCUGCCUUCGCCCCCAACCUCGCUCGGUCGCGCAACACCGACGCUGCGCCGACUGCUUCGAUUGAUGUGCUCAUCACUUUCGACGAUGGCGGUGUCUCAGGCCACCCGAACCACAUUUCGCUAUACCACGGCGCCAAGGCCUUCAUGUCGGCACUGAUGGCUGGCAAAUCCGGUUGGGCGUGUCCUGUCGAUCUCUACACCCUUAAGUCGGUGUCUAUAACGCGGAAGUACACGGGCUUCCUGGAUAUCGUGGCUACCCUGUUCAGCUGGGCAUGGCAGGCGGAUAAGAAAGACAAGAAACACCCUGGAGGGCUUGUCUUCCUCAACGGCCUGGCAGGCCAUGGCGGGAUUUUCACGGCAUGGAAAGCCAUGGUCUCGGCGCACAAAAGCCAGAUGGUCUGGUUCCGAUAUGGUUGGAUCUCGCUGAGCAGGUACAUGUACAUAAACGACCUGAGCUUGGAAAAUGCCAAGGGCCGGUGACUAUGGCCAGAGCUUCGACCACGUACGUUAUUACCGUAGAUGAAAACAUGCUGCAAAGCUUUCUGGGCUCA